UUAAUUAAAAUGGCACUACAAAAGUCAUUACGUGUAUUAGAAAAGAAUAAUGCACCAAACCCAUUCAGUGUAAUCUUACUGGAUCGUAAACAAACAUCGAAAUUAUUAUUUGAAUCGGGUGUUGUAGCAGUUUUAUCGACUUCUGAAUACGAUCAAGUUAAGAAGAAUUAUACAAAAGUUGUUGACGCAUAUGCUUGUCUGGGUGUCUUACAGAUCAAUUCUGGUGAUAACUGUAAUCAGUAUUUAGUGGUAGUGAUUGGAUGUGUGUCUGUGGGCAAGAUUGGCGACACUGAAAUCUUUAAAAUAACACAAACACAAUUAGUGGCCUUGCAAUAUGAAAGUACUCAAGAGGAACGCAUAUCAGAGAUACGCAAGUUUCUAAAUUCGGGUACAUUCUAUUUUGGAUACGGUGGAAAUCCUUCAUGUCCAAUCAGUCAUGUAGAUGUGACUUUAUGUGCUCAACGUCGAUACAAGACGAACGUUAGCGACCACCGUUUUUUUUGGAAUCGUAUGCUACAUGUGUUAUUCAUACGGUUUGGCAUCAACACCGAUCAAUGGCUGAUCAAAUCGAUGUGCGGAUCGAUUGAAAUACGUACUGUGUACGUGGGACAUCGUCAAGCACGUGCAGCUUUGUUUUCACGUCUAAGUUGUGAGCGUGCUGGCACCAGGUUUAAUGUGCGUGGCACCAACGACGAUGGACACGUUGCUAACUUUGUGGAAACUGAACAGGCUAUUUAUUUAGAUGAGAGUGUCACUUCGUUCGUGCAAACACGUGGCAGUAUACCUUUGUUUUGGGAACAAACUGGCGUUCAAGUUGGCGCUCACAAAAUAAAACUAUCACGUGGUUAUGAAGCGUCUAAAGUGGCCUAUGACAAACAUCUGACAUUGUUACGACAACGUUAUGGAUUCUUAGCUAUUAUUAACUUACUUAGUAAUACAGCUGGCAACGCUAAGAACGAUGGAGAAGCUGCCUUAAGUGCUGAAUUCCAGAGACAUCAUGAAGAGUCUGCGCACACAAACAUUCCACAUAUAUUAUUUGAUUAUCAUGCAGAAUGUCGCAACAACAUCAACAAUCUUGAUAAGUUAAAAGCAAAAGUCAACCGAUAUCCAGAACUGUCAACAUUCUUUACUAUGCAUAAAGGAGCUAAUGUUGUAAGUGAACAAUUAGGUACAAUUAGAACGAAUUGUUUGGAUUGUUUGGAUCGUACAAACUGUGUUCAAAUGUACUUAGGUUUAUCUGUUCUUGAGCAACAAGUGUUGCUUGUAUUAAAUUCAUCAACUGAUAAACUAGAUGCGAUGGUGGAACGUUUUAAUGAGAUCUUCAAACAGAUGUGGUCUGUUAAUGGUAAUGAAAUUAGUAAAAUAUAUGCAGGCACUGGAGCUAUACAAGGCAGUUCAAAGCUUAUUGAUGGAGCACGCUCAGCGGCUAGAACCAUUCAAAACAAUCUCUUGGACAAUGCCAAACAAGAGGCCAUCGAUGUUUUAUUGUUUGGUUCUACACUUAAUUGUGAAUUGGCUGAUAGAUCAAGAACAUUGUUACCAUCAUACAUGUUACAUGCACCUACUCCUGUAUUACGUGAAAUGUGUAAACGAUAUAGAGAGUAUACAAGACCACAACGAUUACGGGUUGGUUGCGGCACCUACAACGUCAACGGUGGCAAACAAUUUAAAAGUCUAGUUUUUAAAGACAUCUCACUAGCUGACUGGUUACUGCAACCAUUUGGGGCCGAUGAAGAAGGUCAUCCAUUGGCGGCUGAGUCUGAUCUAAAUGAUAUAUACGCUUUAGGAUUCGAAGAAAUUGUUGAUUUAUCAGCAGGAAAUAUUGUUUCAGCUAGUUCAGAAAAUGCCCGUCAAUGGGGUGAAGAAAUAGAAAAAGUAUUAUCAAACAUUGGUAAAUAUGUUCUGAUAUCAUCCCAACAAUUAGUUGGCGUCUGUUUAUUUUUGUACGCUAAAGAACAAUUGAUUCCACACAUCAAAGAUUUGGCUAUUGAUUGUGUCAAAACUGGUUUAGGUGGUGCAACAGGUAAUAAAGGUGCGGUUGCAAUUAGAUUUGUAUUGCAUGGCACGUCGAUGUGCUUUGUGUGUGCACAUUUUGCUGCUGGACAAUCACAAGUGAAUGAACGUAACGCAGACUUUGCUGAAAUCACACGUAAAGUUGCAUUUCCAAUGAAUCGAACGUUAAACUCACAUGAUAUAAUAUUCUUUUGUGGAGACUUCAAUUAUCGCAUUGACAUCGAACGAAACCAGCUCAAAGAGAUGAUUAAAAAUGAACAAUUUGAAGAGAUCUUAAAAGAAGAUCAAUUAAAAAAACAAUAUGCUUUAGGCCAUGUCUUUCGUAAUUACAUUGAAGGACCAAUCAAUUUCGCACCCACCUACAAAUACGAUUUGUUUUCUGAUGAUUACGAUACAUCUGAAAAAGCACGAGCACCAGCUUGGACUGAUCGUGUCUUGUGGCGAAGACGUGUUGAUCCAGAUUCAGAUGGAAGUUCAAGUUCAGUAGUUGGGGAAUGUGUAUACUACGGUCGUACAGAGCUUAAACAAAGCGAUCAUCGACCUGUGUUUGCAGUCAUUGAUAUUGACAUCAAUGUGAUCGACGCAGAACAACGUUUACAAGUCUAUUAUCAAGUGUUACAAUAUUUAGGACCGCCAGAUGGAACCAUUUGUAUUAAAUGUCCAGAUGUGGAGGAAUACGAUGCAAGCUUUGUUAACAACAUACUGACGGAACUGUCAAACAUUGGGCAAGUGAUCAUGGUACGAUUUGAUGGGGAUACCAUGUGGGCAACAUUCUACGAUCCACAAUGUUGUUUGUCUGCUGUUAAACGUCAAAUUAUACAAGUCAAUGGUUACGAUUUACAUAUUUCAUUACGAUCACCGAAUUGGGUGCAAGAAGCUGAAAAGGAGAUUGCGUUAUGUACAAAUAAUACUGUUUCAAUGAGAUUAAAUGAAGGAUCACCAGUGUUGGUCGCAACACCCAAGUCUAGUCCAAUGCCAAGUCCACAUAGACCGCCACCAUUAAGGCCACCAAAGCCAUCACCAACUUCAAACUGUUCACCAUCGAAAUCAGCAUCCGAUAGUACACCAACAACACAAUACAACGAACAACAACAACAACAACAACAAUUUAUUUCAAAUGAAAGAGAGAUGUCAAUAGAUAGGCCUGAACCAAAUUUUACACCUCCAUCAUUACCACCACCUAAUUUUAAAGCACCUGUAAAUACUAACACACAUACACAAUCACAAUCAAUGGUAAGUAACAAUGGUGGAGGUGGAGGUGCACCUCCUCCUAUACCAGCUAGAACAACAAAACCACCACCAUUACCAGCACGUACUCAACAAGCACCUCCACCACCACUAGGACCAGCACCUUCAUUAACACCUACAUCUUCACCUUCAACACCAACAGGAACAGGAACACUUACACCAACAUCUAAUAAUAAAUAAUGUAUAAAAACACUUCAUUAAACUUAAUUAACGACUACAUAAUUAUAAUAAAUAAAUGAAUUAAUUGAUUGUUAUUAGAUUUUUAAUUUAAUUGAUUGUUAGUAGCUUUUAUUAAUUAUCAAUAAAUGUCAACUUAGUGCUUGCUGUAUUAGCAUCUACAGCUAUAACUACAGCUAAAGUUCAAGCUAUAUUGAUAAGAUAUUGAUAAGUAUUUCAAUUUUAAAUCAGUAUCUAUUCUUAUCUAGAUCAAUUCAAUCAUGAUAUCAGUCAACCAGCCUAGCUAUUUAUGAUACUUAGACACGAGAGAGAAAACUGUCAGUGAGUUCCUCUGUGUCCUUGUCUAAUCUAUAUGUCAUUGCCUACAACGAACUUGUAAAAAUUACGGCCACAUAUUGGAGAAUAUGCAAAUGUAUAUAACCUCUUUAAAUAACAAAAUA